UCUGGUUCAUGAGGUUUAGGGUUUGAUUAAUGUGGUGUAUUUAUGCUCUCUGUCACAUAUUUUUAUAGUGAAGGAAUUGCAGAAAUGAGAAAAAAAGGAUAAGGAAAAUCAAAGGAAAGAGAACGAACGGUACUCAACCUUUGUAAUUAAAACAGUAAAGGUUCGUUAUUAAUUUAAAAAGGGACAUCUGUCACACCUGACAACAAAAAGCAAAUAUGAACCAUACAUAAAUGGAGGUGUAACACAUAAUUCAACUAAACACUCAACCCCUUUCUGAAAACCCUCGUCUCAUUCAACUUGCUUCUUACCAGCCUUCCCAUAAAUCUCCAGUUCCAAGACACAACGACAAUGGAAGGAGAAGCUAAACAAGUUGUGUGCGAUAUUGGAAUUCCAUGCCGUCUGCAGAUUUCCUCUACUGAACGAAAUCCAGGACGGAGAUUUUACGGCUAUUCUAAGAGAAAUAAUCAAUGCAAUUGUUUUGCCUGGGUCGAUAAUGACAUGGCCUAUCAGAUGACGGUGGUCAGGAAGUUGAAAAGUGAGAUUAAUUCCAUGACUGAAGAACGCAAUGCCGCUCUGCUGGAACUAGUUAAUGCCCACACUCAUGUGGCAGCUAAAACUGACGAACUGCAGGAACUUAAUGAGGCUUUCGAGGGAUUGAAGGAGUCUCAUGAGAUGUACCACGAAGAAAAUGUGAUUAUGAUGCAGGAAAGUGGUCUGCAACUUAUGGAGAUAGAGACCCUGAAGGAACACGUGAAGCUGAUGGAAGUGAAGUGCUCAGACAUGGAGAGGAAAAACAAGAUCAUGAAGCUUGGUUUUUUUAUGGCUUUUGCAGUUGCCGGUUGCAGUUUAGCCGUUGCUUGCUUCAAGAAAACUUGAUGGAUUUUUUGUUAAGUGACAAUGGCUUGUGUUUGUGCAGUGUUCUUAGUUAACUGCGUUCAAAUAUUUUUUUGUAUUAUGUUAAACUCAUUCAACUUGCUUUCUAUGAAAAGUGUGUGUGAUUCAAAAUUUUAAA